AUGUUCCUAAGAACAGUUCUUCUCCAGUUUCAUAUACGGAGGGUGACGUCGUCUCGUCUCGGUCAGUCCGAUGACGUCGUACUUGAUCUUCUUGGCUUGCAUCAUCAGAUCUUCGAUGGCCGCUUCCGAUGCAAGCGGCAGCAUACCACGACGACUGACGUACUGAGGGAAACUGCUGGACAAGCUAGAGAUUGCGGUCGUAGAUUGCAGGAUCAAGGAGGUUCGUUCGCUGAAUCAACUUCUUCGAAGUGGAUAGUUCUGACGGCAUCGCAUUACUCUUAUGAAGAUCUGCAGCAAAUCUCGUUGCUAGAAGGUUGGCAGCUUGUCGUCGUCAAUGGAUCAGAAACCUCCCAUACUUUACAGAAGCAAAAUGUACACUAUUUAAGCCAGGAACACUACAAAAUGUUAGGGUUGGAUGUUGAGUCAAGCAUCAGUAGGAAGAAUGUCGGACACUUAUACGCUAUUAUGAACGGAGCGGAAUGGAUUUACGAUGUCGACGGAGGUGUAAUUCCGUCGAACAAUACACUCUCGCUGUUCGACUACGGAGGGGGACACAGCGGACUUCAGUAUCUAGCCGUAGGCUGUAUAUCUGUAAUAGAGAGGAUUUUCAAUCCAUAUAUCUUUUUCGGAGGACAACCACAUUGUCCACAUGGAUUUUUAGGAGAAUAUUGUCAGAGGUAUAAGAACUGUAGGAGAUGUGUGCGGUCUUGCCGUUACAUGAGAACAUCUACGAUUCAGCACGGAAUAUCUGAGAGGAGAUUGAGCAAGUUCGCUCCACCUAUAACUCUGAAAGAUACAUUCUCCCCAUGGUACUCGUUUAAUACAUUGUUCCAUAGAAGAGCAUUUUUUGUUUUAUUUCUUUCAACACUGAAAGGGCGUCGAAGCCGAAUGAAUCCGUUCGGAGCAUCCAUUGUGCUGCGGUCUUUCUUUGCACAGAAGCUUUUGCAAAUUCUUGGAGACACUACUGCUAUAAAUCCAUUUCACGGGUAUCAGCAAAGAAUACUGCGAACACUUUCGGAAGAAGAAACUUCUGAGAAGGCAUUCCAACCGGAUCCAAAGUUCCUUCAAUUCUUAGACUCAUGGGAAUGUCGAAAAGUUGACAUAUCGGAGUGUGCACUUGUUCUAGCAGAAAAGUUCAGAGAUCGAAAUUACUGGAAAAAUGAGGAUUAUUUGUUGUUCAAGGAUUGGGUGGACAGUCUUCGCUUUCUAAGAUACGAAUUCCCAUCAACAGUGGAUGAUGAACCCGAUUUGCCUCAGCCACCAUACCGCAACUGCAGGUCCGCUUACGUCACUUUUACUUCAACAGCGAUGUUAAACACAUCACUACCGGAUGUUGAACUGGCGGAGAAAAAAUUGAAUUUCCUCAAGGAUUUGAACGUAUGGUGCGGAGAAGCACUUCCAUUGGGCGAAAAGUUACGCUCCGUAUCUGCCGAACAACUAGCAACACUCCAUAGCAAUAACGUUGCGUUAUCAGGGAAACUAGAUACGGUUUUGGUGAUCAUCAACAAUUAUCCAUGGCACCUAAGUCUUGGGAUUUUACAGCGCGUCCAUCUACCGUAUUUUGGUCUUGUUAUAUUUUGUGGAACAUUUGAUGGAAGAGUUCUGGAAGAAAAAGGAUUUCCGCCAACUCUGGAUGAUUUUGCCUUCGUUGAUGUUAGCAAGGAAGAAAUAGUACGUGGUAUUUUUCUAUACUAUUGCUUAUUGAAAGUUGUAGAAAUGAGACUACGCAAUGUUAGAGGAUAUUUUGUUACUGCUGAUGACCUAGUUUUUAAUUUUUGGCACAAAAUCGAUUUGGAUUUCACGUAUCAUCCACUGGGAAUAAUAGGUAAAAGCGUUCCUGGAUGGUACAAUGGACCUGCUGGAACUCCCGCUUUACAAAGAGCUGUGACACUCUUCACGAAAACCUAUAAGGAUUAUCCUGCUGUGCAAGCGGUGUGGAAAAGAUAUAAAGAAAAGGUGCUAAAAUACGGAAAAAUAAAAAAUGCAUCUGAUUAUCUCAUUGCAACUAACGGUUUCGCUGCUAGCGAUUUCUUCUAUGUCCCAUCAACAGAAAUCACAUUUUUUUACGAUUUUAUGGAAAUUUUAUUCGAAGCUAGAGUGUUCAAAGGAAUUGCCGUUCUCAAAUUUCUUGCCAGUGUUCAACAUAUUGUACCACCAAGGUCCAAAGUGGCAAACACAGUGGCUCGAGAACUCUGGCCACUCUAUUACAGUGGGGAUUUAAUAAUGUUACAUCCAUUAAAACCGAGUACUCUCCGGAUGCUGUCUGAAAAACAAAGGUAUUGCUCCAUGGUCAUACGUACAUUCGUGGAGGUGCUGCUCAAUCUUUGA